UCGCGUGCUCCGAAAUUUAUAACAAAAAAAGAUUAUAUUAUGUAUAUCUUUUUAAUGUGACCGGCCAGACGAGCUUCCCAAAAUCAAUUCGGAAUUAAUCAGUUGGCCCACUACUCGAAUUAAUUUCCACUGUACAAACAUCGAGACGUGAUAUAACCUAUACAAAACACAGAAUUAUGAUUGAAUUUAUAUAAUAAAAAUUAAUUAAUCUGAAAUCAAAUACAUUUUUGAUCAUUGAAACUGGUCCAAUAAUCGUGAGGUGACAUAUAACUUAUAAAGUGCAAGUUGCUGCUUUGAUAGAAAACAUGUCUUUGUUUUCAAUCAACUUUGUUCAAAUCCGGAGGCUAUCGCUUAUUGUCAAGGUACCAAAUUAUGGAAAACAGAAGAAAUACAGAGGACAAAGCGUUACCUAUGGCGAGUUAAAGAAGAGAGAAGCUGCGCUGAAUAAACCUAAACGGUUUACUAAAAAUACAGCGGAAUCAUUGUAUCCACCUAUUGAACACUUAGACAAGAGGCAAAAGAAGCAGCAGAUCGUUCACGAAGAGAUUAAGAAUCUGGAAACCGUGGAGGAGAAGAUUUUCAAGAUAAAUAUGCCACGAUAUUAUGGCUGGAAAUCAUUGAUCCUACAUGAACAUAACAUACAAUAUAAUUCUUUGCCAUAUGUACAACAGAUUACGAGAACACACAUCGUGAAAGAGUCUGGUCUUCCGGCUUAUUAUGACAACGUAAUUUCAAAUGACCAGCUGGACAACAUAGUACAAGAGAUCAAAGGUAGCGUGGAGGAUAAUAUAGCUUUUGAAUAUUGUAGAAGAAAACGGGACGAAACCAAAAUGGAAAUGUUGAACGAAAAUAAUGAACAUUUUAAAACGAAAAAGUUUAUCCAGAAAAUUAAUAGAACAAUACUCAUACAUCUAUCCUCCAAAUAUCCGCAUUUAUUAAAUGCGGAAGUCGAUUAUGAGCCAAGGUUGGAAGCAUCCUGGUUCUUGGGCGGUCUGGAACCAUCUGCACGUCAUAGGAUGGUGCGUAAAAAAAACAAAUGUCUUCGUAAAUUUGCUGACGAGCCAGUAACCAUUCCUGUUCAAUAUGACGGUCACCCCGUGAUGCACCUGAGACACAAGCACCCACUGAGGGAGAUUGUCCCUCUGAGCGAGUGCACGAAUCCAGCUUAUGAUGUGCCUACGUACGAGUUCUCUCCUGAAACAUUGGGUUAUAAAUUUGGUUUGCAACAUUUGACCAAUAUACCUGGCUUCUGGCCCGGGGACGAGAGCGAAUUUGGAUUAUUGUCUUAUCACACUUGUAAAAAUCUAGAAGACAGAACAAAGAAAUAUAACGACAUAACGGACUAUUACGCGACACUCUCAGCGCAGGCCAUAUUAGCAUCCUACAGCUGGUUAUUGUCGCAAGCCUGUUAUCAAGGUUUUUCUACUUACAAUGACAUUACCUAUCCACUAACGACUCAAACUGUCAUUACAAAUGGAAAGUCGUGGUCAUUCUGCGUUUAUCAGCUUAAUACUAUAUUAUUGCACUCCCAGCACGUGAAGGAAAAUCCAAAACGCAACAUGUGCUGGAUCACAGAGCCGCUGAAAUUGUUUGACAAAAUAGAGAACGAAAAAAUUCACGGUCUAAAUGAACAAGUUCUCAAGACCUUGGUCAAAUUUUACGUAAAUGCUCCCGAGGAAAGGCAGGAUGUAAACCUGAAACCUUAUUUAGGAGAAUCGGUGAAAGUGAUAGCCGACAUAGAGCACGACGAGAGGAGAAACUGGCUGGAGAAACAGUACAAGCAUCUCAUGUGUAAUAGGUCGAGGCACAGGCGGAUACCAGAAAUUUAUCAAUGGCAAAAAAUCUACAUGAUUCAACAUAAAACUCGUCCGAUGGAAAAGAGACGAGAACCGUGGCAAUUCGGCAUCAAUGUAAUGCAUCGUCGAUUGGACGAUCAUACGCCACGAUACGUACCGAAGUGUCUACGAGAGAAUCCCAAGAAGAAAAGAAUAGGACGAUGGGAAAAAACCUAUUAUCCGUGAUUAAAACUGUAUGUAAUAACGCAUUGAACGUAUAAAUAUAUCGUGUGAUCGAAA